CGCGACUCUUGUUGUCCCUGGCGGCGAUCCGUAGCAGGGCGGAUGUUGUGAGGAGCCGCGGCCGGCAGGGCUGGGCUCAGAGGGCGAGAGACAGCAGCAGCAGUGAGUACUUUGAUGUUAGUGGCCAUUCACACGGAUCUGAAUUAUGACAUCAAGAGGUUCAGGCACAUCAUUUUCUCGGAAGAAUUACAGAUUAAGCACAGAACCAGAAAAGUCCAAGGUUGCAGGAAUAGUGAACGGCAAGCUCCUAAAUGAUUACCUUCAUCGCAUCUUUUCCAGUGCAGAGGGAAUUCAGCCUACUGCUGCCUACAGAAAGCACCUGUCCUUUCAAAAUCUACAAGAACACAUAGAACGACUGUUGGCAGAAAAUGGCGGGCCUGAAGAUGGUCAAGAUCUGGUAGUAGAGGGUAGACUUGGUCCUUCUACUGUGGUAUUGGACCACACCAGUGGCUUUGAGGGUCUCUUGUUGGUGGACGAUGACUUGCUUGGGGUAAUUGGACAUAGUAACUUUGGUUCUAUCAGAGCUACUACCUGUGUGUAUAAAGGAAAAUGGAUCUAUGAAGUUCUGAUUUCUUCCCAAGGCCUGAUGCAGAUUGGCUGGUGCACUCUCAACUGUCGGUUCAAUCAAGAGGAGGGAGUUGGAGACACUCCUGAUUCAUAUGCCUAUGAUGGGAAUCGAGUGCGUAAAUGGAAUGUGACCACAACCAACUAUGGUAAAUCUUGGGCAGCAGGAGACAUUGUCAGCUGUUUGAUAGAUGUGGAUGAGGGAAACAUUUCCUUCUGCCUAAAUGGCGUAUCUCUAGGGACUGCUUUUGAUAAUAUCUCACGAGGCUCUGGAAUGGCUUACUUCCCUGCCAUCAGUCUGUCAUUCAAGGAAUCAGUUGCUUUUAACUUUGGAAGCCGCCCACUCAGAUAUCCAGUGGAGGGGUAUCGGCCCUUACAAGAUAAACCAGCUGCAGAUCUUGUAAAAGCCCACAAAUUGUUGGGAUACCUGAAAAAUGUUAUUAAUAUUGAAAUAGAUGUUUCGGAAGGGAAGCUGGUUGAUAGAGAUUCUUCCACUUGGCAGCUCCAGGGAGAACCAACAGUACUCAUCACCCUGGCACACAUUUUUAACAAUUUUGCACCCCUUAUGUGCAAAGUCUACUUGGUAGAAGAUGUGCUCAUGAACUUCUUACUCAGCAUCCUAGAAGGGGGAGGGGCUGUGGAAGCACACCCACUUAUUCAACAGUUAUUGGAUCUCAUGUGGCUUCUCAUGGAGGAUUAUGAAGUGAACGAAUGCCUCAAGCAGCUGCUGAUGUCCUUGCUCAGAGCUUACCGUUUCUCUCCCAUUGUUCCUGAUCUAGGUUUACAAAUUCACUACCUUCGUCUCACCAUCGCUAUCCUGAAGCAUGAAAAAUCCAGGAAGUACCUGCUCCACAAUGUGCUAUUUGAUGUGCUACGCUCAGUUGUGUUUUUUUAUAUCAAGAGCCCUCUCCGUGUGGAAGAGGCUGGUUUACAAGAACUGAUUCCCACCACCUGGUGGCCAAACCGCUUCAACAAAGAGGGCAAAGAGACUAAGGAAGUCAAGGAAGAGAGUGCUGAGGAAAGAUUGAGGAGACGAGCAUAUGAAAGAGGCUGUCAGCGGCUCAAGAAACGCAUUGAAGUGGUGGAGGAACUCCAAGUGCAGAUACUGAAGUUACUGUUAAACAAUAAAGACCAUGGAGGGGGAGGAGCAUCGAGAUACAUCUUUCUAAAUAAAUUCCGCAAAUUUCUUCAGGAAAAUGCUAGUAACCGAGGGAAUCUGACUGUUCUGUGCCCUCCAGAAUAUAUGGUAUGUUUCUUGCAUCGGCUCAUCUCUGCUCUGAGACUUUACUGGGAGGAGUACAAGGUGAAGAAUCCUUCAGCACUGAACAGUGAAGAUGCAUAUAUCCCUCCUCAGCUCUUCUAUAAUGGGAAAGUGGAUUAUUUUGACCUCCAGCGACUUGGGGGACUCUUAUCUCAUCUCAAAAAGACUCUCAAAGAUGACCUGGCCUCAGAGGCAAAUAUUCUAAUUGACCCUGCAGAAAUUCAGGCUGUGACAAUGGAUGAUCUUGAUGAAGAUGAAGAGUCAGCACUGUCAACCGCACAAGUGAGCCUAGCAAUGCUGCAUGAAAUGGGUCAAAGUUUAACUCAACGUCCAGCUGCUGCAUUGGCAAUUGGAGGUGCCUUGGCUAGGCCAAGCUGGCUCAGUUCACCCACCCUGGGGCGAGCAAACCGUUUCCUCAGUACUGCAGCUGUCAGUCUCAUGACCCCAAGGCGGUCACCAGGUGCCUUAGAGAAGGCCAAAGUCCGGACAUUGAACAUGGAGCAACGGACAGAGGAAGACAUUGAAGGCAGCCAUGGAAAUGAGGGCCUUUUAUUGGGGAAACCUGCUGAAGAGCCAGACCAAGCAAUAACUGAGAACUCUCUUUUGGAAAUCUUGGAUGGAAUAGUCAUGAUGUACAACCUCAGCGUGCAUCAGCAGCUUGGUAAGAUGGUAGGUGUUUCUGAUGAUGUGAAUGAGUAUGCUCUGGCAUUGAAGGACACUGAAGAAAAGAUUAGCCGAUGCCCAAAGAGGAGAAGAGAUAUCUAUGAAGAACUGCUGAAGAGCCAAAAGGUUUUCUCUGAGAAGCUUAAUCACCUGAGUCGCCGGCUUGCUUGGAUCAAUGUUACUAUUUAUUCAAAGGAAAAGAUGCAAGAUAUAUACUGGUUGCUACGGGUGUGUAUACGCACUAUUGAACAUGGAGACAGAAUUGGCUCACUCUUUGCAUUUAUGCCUGAAUUUUAUCUGAGUGUGGCUAUGAAUACAUACAGUGCUCUCAAGAACUAUUUCAGCCCAGUCAACAGCAUGGAGGAGCUUCCAGGCUAUGAAGAGACUUUGACACGCCUUGCUGCCAUUUUAGCCAAGCACUUUGCUGACGCCAGGAUUGUGGGCACUGACAUCAGAGACUCCCUAAUGCAAGCACUGGCCAGCUAUGUUUGUUACCCUCACUCACUCUGUGCUGUAGAGAGGAUUCCAGAAGAACAGCGUAUAUCCAUGAUGAGGAACCUACUUGCCCCCUAUGAGCAAAGACCCUGGGCCCAGACGAACUGGAUCCUUGUACGGCUGUGGCGAGGCUGUGGAUUUGGAUACAGGUACACACGCCUUCCUCAUCUGCUGAAAACCAAGCCAGAGGAUGCAAACCUCCCCAGCUUGCAGAAGCCUUGUCCAUCCACCCUGCUACAGCGACACAUGGCGGACCUGCUGCGCAGUGACCGUGAAAUGGCACCCAGUUUCCUUAAUAGUGUCCUUAACCAGCUGAACUGGGCCUUCUCAGAAUUCAUAGGCAUGAUUCAGGAGAUACAACAAGCUGCAGAGCGCCUUGAAAGAAACUUUGUAGACAGUCGCCAACUGAAGGUGUGUGCAACAUGCUUUGAUCUCUCGGUGAGUCUGCUCAGGGUCUUGGAAAUGACUGUCACUCUGGCUCCUGAGAUCUUCCUGGAUUGGAGCCGUCCGUCAUCAGAGCUAUUACUCAGGAGACUUGCACAGCUAUUAAAUCAGGUGCUAAAUCGUGUGACAGCUGAGCGGAACCUGUUUGACAGAGUGGUCAAUCUUCGCCUACCAGGACUGGAGAGCGUAGACCACUACCCAAUCCUUGUGGCUGUGACAGGAAUUCUGGUCCGGCUCCUUGUUGAUACGGACUUUCAAGGGGCUGAGCGGGCAACAGCUGUGCUGCUGGCAGAUCCCUGUUUCCAACUCCGUUCUAUUCAGUACUUGCUGGGUCACACAGAGCCUGUAGCAAUGGGAGUAGCAUCUUCUUCUGUGGAUAAGAAACAUUUUUCCCUACAGAGUUACACAGAUUACAUCAGCCAGGAGGAGUUAGCCAAGGUGGAGCAGAUGCUGGGCCACCUCAGUGAAGAAUCCAAACAGGCUGCAGCCUCAACCUUGCCCACUAGUGAGGAGGACUUGUGCCCUAUCUGCUAUGCGCAUCCAAUCUCUGCUGUAUUCAAGCCAUGCUCCCACAAGUCAUGCAAAGCCUGCAUCAAUCAACACCUGAUGAACAACAAGGACUGCUUCUUCUGCAAAGCCACCAUCACGGGUGUGGAUGACUACAUUAAGCCAGCCACCUCCUAGUGCCUGGACCCUGCAGGGCAGGGCCACAUGCCUGGGCAGCUUCUCCACAGGGUGGACUCUCCCUGCUCUGAGGACACCUCUGUCAAAGGCAGCUGCUGUUCAGUAUAGCCGAGCUCAGUUUUAUUUAUAACACCUCUUGCAGGCCAAGCACUGCUGUAUGCAUCCCCUAGGCCACAUUGUCCCCUUCAGUCCCCCUGAAUUAAGGUACAUUUCCUAUUGCUUUCAUUGACUCCAAAUAUACAGGCAUUGGCUUUUCCCAUGGGGUACGUACAAGAGGGCAGAACAUACUCAGGUUCUCUACCUCAGCCUGAAUCUCCUUUCCUGCAACUGCCCUGGAAAGCCUAUCUUUUAUUGUAGCUGGGAAACCUCUCUGUGGUGUGGUGCUCUUCUUGAUGGGAGUCCAGCUGCUCACCAGCCAUGUGUGUUCUUGCCGCUGCUGCAGCACUUUGCUCUUUGAUCAUGCAUGUGUGGCUCAGAGUUGGUUGAAAUAUUUUAUGUGGGCAUACUAUGCAGUAGCCCAUCUGCUUGUACCACCUGAUGUGUAGACUUCUGAGACAGAGGGAGAUGAUAAAUAAUUUUUCCAUAUGCAAUCAAGAGGUGGGGCAGGUGAGUGAUAUUGUACCCAUUUGUCUGCCUUAAAAAAAAUUGAAUUUGCUUUUCAAGAAUCUGGCUUUUCUUUGAAGGUAGGGAAAGCCUGGAGAAACAUCAUAAAACACUAGGUCAGGCUUUUGUUUUGGGGAGCCUGGUGAUGUGACAAAAGGCACACUAUGCUGUGACUAAUAUAAGUGCAGAGGUGAAGCCCACAGCCACCAGAGGAAUAAGUCUGAACCAACAUCCAAGCAUCCCCAAGGAAAAAUAUCAGACACUGUAGGGACCAGUAUUUGAUCCCUGCAUUGUGUAGUGUUUGGGAAAAGUACUAAUUAGGUUGAUUUUCUGGGCUACAACAGGAGUAAACCUGUCUGCACUGCUAUCUUCCACCAGCUGAAGGUGCCUAUGGCACCAGCCCUUCACUGUGUGACCAGACUGCCUGUACUAUCCAGGAGCAGACAAGAUUUUUUAAAACAACAACAAACCAUUUACUAACUGUGUGUGAGACUUGUAACCUGAAGUGUUGGGGAGGGUAGCAAGCAUUGUGCUUGGAGCAAGGAAUUUAACUUAUGUGCAUCUAUGAUUGUCUCCCUCCCACAAUCCCCUCCAAACUGGAGGGUGUUACUUCCAUAAAAUGGAAUAUUAAAUUAUUAUUCCUUAAA